AUGAGUUUCCUAUUCUAUGGAGAUUCGAAGCACCUGAGGAAGCGAGAGAGCUUCCACUUUGCGACAAUUGAAAAGAGUGAUUAUUCUAAACAGUUGCAAUCAUUGCCUUUGCUUCCCUCUUCCUCUUCAUUGAGACAAGAUCAUAUAUUCUCCAAUGUGGCCAAGGAAGUAAAUCAAAUCAGUGACGAUGUUGCCAUAAUUUAUUCGAGACUUCAGGAAGAAAUCGAUACAGAACAAUCGCAGACGAAAGAAGUAAAUAACAAGAUCAACCACUCGGUAAAAAAACUAGAGUCUAGCUUUUCUAAGUUAGUAAAACUACGAUCAAAAUUCACUAAGGAUUCGGAUAAACAGUUAAAACAGUUCGAAAGCAAAUAUUCUGACAUUGAUAAGAAGGUACGAAUAAUCAGAGAUGUGAAUGAAGAAUUAUUAGACUACGUAACUAGAAACGGUAGUAUAAAAGUUGAUGCGACGCAAUUCAGCAAAAUUUCAAAGCUGUUGCAAGAAAGGUUCCCAGAGAGUAGUAACACGACAGAAACCGAAGCGAAUAAGGACAAUAGUGGGCAGUCACAGAACGAAGCUAAUUCCGAGAGUUUGAACAGCUCUUAUUCGAGGCAAAGUACAAAUGGAAGCCAAAAUAAUGCUAAAAAAGAUUAUCAUAGUACCAAAGGAAAUUCAGCGGACUCAAACACCACCAAAUCGUACCGUCAGUCGAUAUCCUCGGCGCCAUUAGCACUGUCAUCAAUCCGGAGUACAUCAAGGCCAUCAAUCGCUACAACUCUUGAGCAUAUAUGUAUCACAGAACCGUUCACUAGACCUCGAGGCAUGAGCAAAUCGGCUGACUUAUGA